AUGAAGCUUUUCACUACAAUUGCCGCCUCUGCCCUUGCCAACCACUACGACUCCGGCAUUUGUCACGACUGCCCCGACACCUACGACGGUGAAUGUGGUGGACUGAUAACAGACUUUAAUACAAUCGUCUCUCCCGGAUACGAGCGAGGGGAAUACUACGAUCUCCUCUCCUGCGAAUGGGAAAUUGAUCUUGGUGAUAUCGAGGGUUUCAACAUCGUUCCACUCUUUUUUGAUGUUGAGCAGGAUACUUAUUGCUCAUAUGACGAGUUAAUUGUCAUCGAUGGUAAUGGAGAUGAGAAAAUCUUUUGCGGAACCAACUCUUGGCGAAGACGAAAAUCCGCUGGAAAGGACAAAAAGGCACCUCCUAGAGUGACCUCGUCGUAUACUAUCAAAAAUGACGGAUUCGAGACGCUCUUUGUCGAAGGGGGCAAGGCAGUGAUUAGAUUCACGACUGAUAAAGAUAUUCGAGAAGCUGGAUUCCACUUCGAACUGCGAAAAUUCGAACCAACUCGGCUCCAGAUCAUCGAAGCUCAUGCUCAGCGAAUUUUUGACGCCCUCGCCGACACCGGAUACGGCCCCCGGUACCAAGGUCGAAUGGAAAAGAUUUUCGCCAAAUUGACCACCGCUUCUGCCUCAGGAGAAGAUUGCCACGAAGAAAACGGCUUCGGUUCUGAAGCUGAUGGUGUUCUUGUCUUUGACGAUAGCGACAUGUGCAAGCUCAACGGACAAGUCAAUGCUGCUAUCAACAGCUUCGCCCGGAGAAAUGCUUGCGAUGGGCGAGUAAAAAUGAGAACUCUUGCUUUUCUUCUUGCAUUUACAAAUGCUCAGCUGAUCACGUGGGGUGGAAAAUGCCCCGAAAUUCCACUGAUAAAAGAUCUCGAUGCUAACGCGUAUUCUGGCGCCUGGUUCGAGCAAGCUAGAGUUCCGGACAAAAACCAAGGCGAUGACAAGUGCGUGAGCCCGAUCUACGCCGUCAAGGACGAUCGAAACAUCUUGGUCAACAACACCCACGUAAUUGCUUACACCGAUGGCGAUCACCACGGCCAAGAGCUCCAGUGCCUCUCUGGCAAUGCUUUCGUCCUUGAUCCUGAUUUUCCCAACAAGCUUUUGGUCACAUUCGAUUUCGGUCGACAAAGUUUCAACUACAGAAACGAACGAGCAAAUUACUGGAUCAUGGAGACGAAUUACGACGAAUACGCGAUCGUAAUGAGCUGCCAGAACUUGGGCGAGUUCAUCGUCGAGUACGGCUGGGUCAUGGCGAGAGACCAAAAUUUACGAACAAACAAUCCAGCUCGAUACGCUGAAAUUUACGAAAACUCUCGAAGCUACUCGAAAGUCUGGGAUCGAGAUGAAAUCUUUUUGACCCCUCAAACUGGCUGCGAAUAUGACCGUGUUACUGUCUAUCCUGAAUAA